AGUGACUUCAGCGGGGUUGGAGUUUUGGAAAUGUCGUGCCUGAUUUCUUGGAAGUUGCGCAUUUACAUCGCAUUUACAAAACACAUUGUUCCGUGGCUGGACUCUCUAGCUUUUCACCAAUUGUAUUUUUCACUCCACCGUCCAGGAUAUUAAAGGCGAUAAUCUACUUAAUUUAUAAUCUUCGACUCGGCUAAAUCUCGACUAUACCUUUAGGAAUAAUCCUACACCUCCGCGAUGGCGGCCAAUAUACCCCAGAAGCUAAAACAGGCGGGCAUCACGCCCUUCAUCGUACGCGCCACACAACUCGAGACCGCGAAGCCUGUUAUAGCUUAUUGGUGUUUCUACUGGGCUGUGAAUCAGAUCCUCUCUAAAAACCUUCACUCCGCCGACGAGGAAUGUCAUGUUUAUACUACGAAUCUUAUGGAGAAACUCGAAAGUAUCAAAGAAGGCCAGGAAGGUAACGACGCGAUUCAUGACGACGAGGCGGGUCAAGCAUACGUGGAACAGUUUGCGCAAGAGACUUUCGAGAGAGCGCUACGACCGCUCAAAGCGAAUAAAGUUACACAGCAAACGGCGAGUACAUUCGAAGCUGCCGCCACAUUCUUCCAAUUAGUCCAAAUCUGGUCACAACCAGAUCCCGAGACGCAAGAGAAGAUCAAGUAUGCAAAAUGGAAUGCCGCCCGCAUACUAAAAGCCAUCAAAGAGGGUAAAGAUCCCAACGAGUCAAACCCGAAACAGGAAGAGGUUCACCACGAAGAAGCGCCACCGGUGCUAGACCCGAACGACCCGGAAGUGCAGAUGCUUGGAGGUGGAUAUCCUAAACCAGUGAGCGUAGAGGAUAUACCAGAUGAAGAUGGUAGACUACACCCGGCAUCGACUAAUUCUUAUCAACCUUUCCCUGGGCCCGUAUCUGCACCGACUUCACCUCCACCUCCGUCAGCAUUAGGACCCGAGCAAGUAUCUCCCAUAGUACCCUCCGGUCCGCCCACAUCAGAUCCGGAAAACUAUUUCCCCAAUGCACCCGAUGCACCCAGCGUACCGGAUGCCUUAAAUCUACCAUCUACGACAGAUAUGCCUCUUCCAGGUCAGGCUACCUUUGAUCACACAGCCCCUUCGCCCACAAUACCUAGUCCUAGCUCUCAUGAUCCAGCCGGAUUACCUCCUGCUUCCUUUUCCGCAUCUAAUACAGCUCCGGUGCCUCAAGACUUUUAUCGCCCUACACCUACACCGCCAGUCGCACCGCCGCCACAGAGACAUGUUCCUCCUCAAGCACCCCCGGCCAGUCGAAACUACUACUCUCAGCCUUCUCAGCCUUCUCAUCCGGUAGCACCUCCUCAGCAGUACGGUGGUAACGGUGAGUCAUCUAAUGGCCUGAAUAUAGACGACAUGGCAAUUGUCCAAGCGCAAAAGCACGCCAAAUGGGCAAUUUCAGCUCUCAACUUCGAGGACGUACCGACGGCCGUAAGGGAGCUCCAAGCAGCGCUGGCUACUUUAGGAGCAAGGUAGUUUAUGAUGAAUUUGUAUAGCGAUUGAUACCUUAGGUACCUACUUAGUACCCUAUAAAUUUUGGAGUUAACAUAUUAUUGCGAGUGGAACCUAAUAGGGAAUUGAUGAAGUUUUAU